AUGGAAGAUAUUUACAAGUUGAACUCUCUUCUAUCUUCUCCUGAUGAUGUUGUUAACGUUUCUGCUACUACUCCUGUGGCUAAUAACUACCUUCAGCUGAAAGAGCCCGAACCGAAUGUAACCGGGUCAGAUAUGUCGGAUCGGCUUAUCAAGACCCAGAUCGCCACUCAUCCACUUUAUCCAAAUCUACUAUCUGCUUACAUAGAAUGCCACAAGGUUGGAGCACCACCAGAACUGGCGUCUUUUCUUGAAGAAAUAGGCUGUGAAACCCACCCCACGGAUGCUCUUCGUGAUUUAGGAGAUGAUCCUGAGCUUGACGAGUUCAUGGAAUCAUACUGCCAAGUUCUUCAUAGAUACAAAGAGGAGUUGUCCAAGCCCUUCAACGAAGCAACCUUGUUUUUGUGCAAUAUCGAAACACAACUCAACAACCUUUGUAGCGGAACACUAAGAGUGUCAUCGGAUGAGGCAGCUGGGACUUCAGAGGAUGAAUUAAAUUGUGAGAAGGUGGAAGCAGUUGAAGGUUAUGAAUCUUCUGGCACGCGUCCAUGUGAUCAAGAGCUUAAAGAAAUGCUCCUUCGUAAGUAUAGUGGUUAUCUUAGCAGCUUGAGAAAGGAGUUUCUAAAGAAAAGGAAAAAGGGUAAGCUCCCAAAGGAUGCAAGGAUGGCACUUAUGGACUGGUGGAACACCCACUAUAGGUGGCCUUACCCUACGGAAGAGGAGAAAUUCAAACUAUCAGAAAUGACUGGACUUGAUCAAAAGCAGAUCAAUAAUUGGUUCAUCAAUCAGAGGAAACGGCAUUGGAAACCGUUUGAAGAUAAACGAUUUGCCAUUGUGGAGGGUUUAAGUGGCGGCAGCGACAUAGGAGGACCUAUGUAUUAA